AACAAUACGAAAGCCCCCGCGGGAAUAGCCUACAGUCGCUGUCAUGAUCGGCAACUAGAGAAGUCAAGUCCAUUUCAGCGCAGGCCGUUUUCAUAGAGAGACUACUUGUAUUUUGUAGUUUUUAGAUAUUGCAUUUGCUAUAUGCCUAUAAGAGUACUGUAGUGCAUGAGAGUACACCGCCAUCUGUUACCUUAGUGCUGCACAGGCACAAUGAUGAGCUCCGACGCGCUCCGGCCGACACAGAACUCCGGGCGCAAAGCGCUUGGUAAGCUCGCCAACAGGUUAGAAGAAGUGAAGAACCCAUGGCGACAAGGCUCGACGCUCGAACUCAGCCACAAUGAGGCGGCCAGGUUGGCAACAGACGCUCUGCUGGAGUCUGGGGAGAAGGAAUACAGACGAGUUCUGACAGAGGAAAGGGAAUUAAACUUUCUCUCGCCGCUUGAGAUUCAUUAUAUUACCGAGAAUGCAGCCAAGAACUGUAGCUCCGACAACAGCUCAAAUGGCACUGAGGGGGACAUUGGGGAGGGGGAUACGGUGUCGGAGCUUACCUCGGGGACCUAUUUCCCAAUGAUGUCCGACGAAGAGCCACCUAUUCUGGAACUCGGAUGGCCAGAAAACCCUCAAAGAUACGGACCCUCAGAAACACAGAUCUAUUUCCAACGGGACAAGACUCACAACGUGAAAGACCUCAUUCGGUCAUUAAUAAAUAAAGGAAAAAGGGUCAUAGCGUUGGUCAUGGACCUCUUCACAGACGUUGAUCUGCUCUGUGACUUGAUGGAGGCCUCGAACAAACGCAAGGUCCCUGUGUACAUUCUCCUGGAUGAGAAGAAUCUCAACUACUUUGUUGACAUGUGUGCAGCACUGGACAUCCAGAACUCUCACCUGGGUAACAUGAGAAUCCGCAGUGUGUGUGGAGAUACGUACUGCACUAAAAGUGGGAAAAAAUUCACCGGGCAGGUCCAGGAAAAGUUUAUGAUUAUAGACUGUGAGGAAGUCAUUGCUGGGUCAUACAGUUUCAGCUGGCUCUCGGCGCAGGUCCACAGCAACAUGGUGAUGCACUUCUCUGGGCAGAUCACUGACAGCUUCGACCGAGAAUUCCGCUGCCUGUAUGCUGACUCUCAGAUCAUUGACUGUUUCCAUAACCCCGAUGAGGAGGGUCUCCCUUACUACCCCUACCCUGUUAUGGCGCCCAACAUGGGGCUAGACUUCUUCCCCGAGAGGUCACAGGAUAGGGAGAGGGUUCUGAGUUCAGAGAAUUCCAGCAGCCAAUCCAGUAGCAGCAUGUCCAGCAUCAAGGCAGCACCCAACAUGACCAAUACGGUUUACAAGGUCACUCAAGGUCAAGACAAGAAAGAGCCCAGCAACUCUCACCUGAGCCCUGAGAGGAGAGGAGGGGCACUAACUCCCACCCUUCAUAAUCAGACCGCCCAAGGCACGAGAGGCUCCCCCAAUGGGACCAGUCACAGCCCAGUUACAGAGCGCCCUUCCUCUGGGAUCGGCCAAUCGGUCGGGAUAGAGUGGUCCAAGUCCAUCCCCACGGAGUUCCGCCAACCAAACGUUGGCGGAACCACGUCCAAGUUUCAGGCUCUAGGUUUGUACGACCCCAUGUCGAGCCUCUUCAACAGUAGCCCCAAGACACAGUCUCCAGUGCCAGACAACAAACUCUCUGCCAAGCAGAGGACUCCCUCCAACCCCCUCCUCAACAAGCUCACCGACCUCUUCCUCCCCCCAACCAAGAAAGACCUCCUCCCCUCAACUGAGAAGGACACCUACAUCUUCAAGAGGUCUCCUCCUCACAGCACAGGCUUCGGGGGGCCAGACCUCUCCCAGACAGAGCUGGAGAGCGAGCAGACUCCCCCGCCACCGCCCCCCAUGAUAAAACGGCAGGACCAGAAACGCAUGACCUUAGGCCACAGCAAACUGGACCUGGUCAACCACUACAACAAGAUGAAGUCCAAGCAGGUGUACAGCAGGUUUGAGGUAAAGAAUAACAACUGAGGCUCUGUUGGGAAAGUAUUUUACCUCCCAUACCCCCAUCGCACUGGAUCUCCAGGAAGCAGAGCACACUUUUUAGGGCCGGCCCU